AUGCGCUUCCAUGUCACUGGCGUGGGAUCCAUCGGCUCUCUCAUCGCCUUUCACUUGCGAAGAACGCUUAGAGCAUCGCAAGUCCACUUUUCUCAAUACCGCGACCCUCAGACAACGCCAUCCAAUCUUUCGAUCGAAGCCUCGCAACAAAAUGCCGGAAUUGAUCCGAGCACACGUCUCGACGUGUCGUCCGCCAGCGGUGAUGGGGCCAGCGAAGACUCCGCACAACCUUCGGCCAACGGAAGGAAAAGCUUGGAUGGCGUGCAGAGACAGAGAGCCUCGGGAGGUCCGCCGCACUUCUUCAAUCCUGCUCCACACGCAGCGCGCUACAUGCCACUCCAAGAACAAAGCUCGGUUACUCUACACUUGCGAGGGAUACGAAAUCGAAGAGGACACAUCGGCACGCAAAGCAUGGAGGACUCUAUCUUGUACGAGAGGGAGAACGUCAAGUGGAAGGAGCAAGGCUUCAGACUUGAGGAGCAUCAUGCCAAAGGCCUCGUCUUUGACGGCCUGCUGGGGGGAAACAGCUCAGGUCCGGGAGUGGGAGCGAAAGGGGGUUCUACUCGAUCGCAGGGAGCGCAGGCUCCCGGAAUCUGCGCAGCUGCCGGUCUUGGGAGAGAUGCGAUCGAUAGCCUCAUCGUGUCGAGCAAGGCGGACACAACACUCGAUGCCAUCAAAUCUCUCUCAAAACGGCUCACGCCAGCCAGCACGGUCGUGCUGCUUCAGAACGGGCAAGGAGUCCUCGACCUUCUCAACACGCGAUUGUUCCCAGACCCGGAGACGAGACCAAACUUCAUCAUCGCCAGCACCACACAUGGCGCCUACAGACAGAAUCGACUGCACGUCGUUCAUGCAGCCUUUGGCACCCUCAACUUUGCCAUUGUACCCAAUCCUGCCCGCGCGCCGCGAGGAUAUGAGCACUUGCUGGUGCAGAGUCCGAAAGAUGCCGGGGCAGCGGACCAGCAGCGCGAGGCGGCGAAUCGCUCCGCCGGCAAUCUCCGCACUCAAAACGAUGGCGUGUCAUCCCGCAGGCCAAGGGGCUGGGAGAUCUUCCGGCCAGCUGCCGCAGCGGAAACGAGCCAGAGCGCUUCCAGCUCCGCCCUUGUGUAUCGAGAUCGCAAAUUGUUGGACGUCGGCGCAAUACCGAGCGAUCCUCACUCUACACUCACGUUGCAGAGAACAGUCGCGACUUUACUCAGUCUGCCCCUCAAUGUGACGUGGCAGCCGAUUCGAGAGAUGCAGCUCACUGUGCUCAAGAAGCUGGUCGUCAACGCCUGCAUCAAUCCCUUGACGGCUCUAGCUGAAUGCAGGAAUGGGGACCUGUUUGGCAACGGCCCCGCAACUGACACGAUGCGUAGCAUAUGUGCCGAGGCUAGCACUGUGCUUAUCGCCCAGGCGAGAGCUGCAGCUGCACGGGACAGAUUGGAUGAUCCCGAGGGUGCGGAGGAGCGUCUGGCGCAAGCAGAGGAGGUGUUCAAGCUGAGUGGACUAUUGUCGGAAGCGCUGGACGUAGCGCGCUUGACUUCUCAAAACAUCAGCAGCAUGCUGCAGGAUAUCCAGUCCAAUAGAGGAUCUACGGAGGUGGAAUUCAUCAAUGGCUAUAUCGCGGCAUUGGGCGAAUCGAUGAGGAUACCAACCCCGGUCAAUCUCAAUUUGGCUCGCUUGGUCACCCUUAAGGCGACGAGAGCCGGAAGAGGACCCAUUAGAAGAGGCGUUUUUUGA